AUGGUUUUUUGUUUGAGUAAAAUUGCCUUCAUUAUCUUUUUGGUUUUUUUAAAUCCCAUUGAAGGUCGACGAUUAAUAUCACUACGAUGCUUCAACUCUAUUAUUAGUUUCGGCGAUUCGCUAACUGAUACUGGAAAUGAAUUUUAUCUAACUCGAUACAGAAAUCCUUCUCCCUAUUUCGCUCGCUUACCUUAUGGAGAAACCUUCUUUCAUCGUCCCACUGAUCGUUUUUCCAAUGGUCGUCUAAUUAUCGAUUUUAUUGCUGAGAGUUUGGGGAUACCGUUAGUGCCAGCAUAUUUAGGAGGAAAAGAUAAUGUAAAAUUCCCACAAGGUGUGAAUUUUGCGGUAGGAGGAUCAACGGCACUCGAUCCUGCCUAUUUGUCGAAUAAGGGAGUAAAAACCACGACCAAUGCGUCUUUGGUGGCUCAACUGGGUUGGUUUAAAGAAAUGCUCUCAUCCCAUUGCAAAUUUCCCUCAGAAUGCAAGGAAUUUCUACAAAAUUCAUUGAUAUUGGUGGGAGAAAUUGGAGGAAAUGAUUUCAUCUAUGGUUUCUUUGGAAAUAACACUAAAGAAAAGGUUGAAUCAUAUGUUCCAGCAGUUAUCAACUCUAUUAGCUCAGCUAUACAGGAAGUAAUUGAGUUUGGAGCAAGUAGAGUGGUAGUUCCAGGGAGUAUGCCCCUUGGAUGCUCAACAGCUCUUCUAACAAUAUUUAUGGACUCAAAUAAGGAAGACUAUGAUCCAAUUACUGGUUGUAUUAAUUGGCUCAACCAAUUUUCCAAGAAUUACAAUAAGCUUCUUCAAAUGGAACUUCAUCUUCUUAGACAGCUUCAUCCUUCUGUUACAAUCAUCUAUGCUGACUACUACAAUGCUGCCAUGCAAUUUUAUCUCUCUCCAAACACAUAUGGAUUUACAAAAGGAGCCUUAGUUGCAUGUUGUGGAGCAGGAGGGCCAUAUAACUAUAAACUUUUUGAAUUAUGUGGGGAUCCAACAGCAAGAAAUAUUUGCAGUGACCCUUCAAUAUAUGCUAGUUGGGACGGAAUGCAUUUUACAGAAGCUGCCUAUAAAUUAAUAGCCACAAGCCUUUUAGAGGGAAAUUUCACUUUUCCUCCCCUGCCUAAAAUAUGUAGUACUAGUUUGAGUCCAAAUGUAAACCAUUCUGACUCUUAAGUAUCUCCUCCGUAUAUUUUUAUUCGUUACUGU